ACGUACAUGAAACUAUCAUAGUCGCUUUUGUAGAGAUAUCGACUUCGCUCCUGAAUAGUUUCUCCUAACGUGCUACGUAUAUAAGUAGGAACCGCUUUCCUAUACAAUCCAUACCAAUUGAGCAAGCACGCGGAUACACUUACCUUCGUCCAAACACUAUGAUACCUGUAAGCGUUGUGAGUGCCAGUACCACUAGUAUCCUGGGAAAUUCCCUCACUCGUCUCGGCUAUUUUAACCAGCCCAAACAUACCGCUGUCCUCGUCAUCGGAGGCGGACCUGCCGGAAGCUAUGCUGCCAGCCUUCUGAAGCAGGAGGGUCACCAAGUUGUGCUCUUGGAAUUUGCAAAGUUCCCUAGAUAUCAUGUCGGCGAGUCCAUGCUGCCCUCUCUCAGGAACUACCUGCGCUUCAUUGACUUGGAGGAGGAGUUCGAGAGUCAUGGAUUCCUUACCAAGCCCGGAGCUAGUUUCAAGCUCGUACAUGGCAUUCGCGAGAGCUGGACUGACUUCACGGCUCUGGGUCCAGGAUAUGGCACCUGGAAUGUGAUCCGUUCCGAGAUGGACGAGAUGUUGCUCCGUCACGCGGAGAAACAGGGCGUCAAGGUGUUCGAGGAGACACGUGCGGAGAGCAUCGACUUCGAGGGCGAGCCCGACUCGUCCCGACCCACCGCGGCGCAUUGGACCAACAAACGGGGUGAAUCUGGGAAGAUCACCUUUGACUGGCUCGUUGAUGCCUCCGGCCGUGCGGGAAUUAUGACCACGAAAUACCUCGCCAAUCGCGAGAUGCGUGAGAGUUUGCGCAACGUCGCUGUGUGGGCCUAUUGGAAAGAUGUAAAACGAUAUGAAGAAGGAACUAAAAAGGCUAACUCUGGCUGGUUUGAGGCUUUGACCGGUGAUGAUAACAUUCCCGUCGAACAUUGUCUGCCGCUUACCCGUUCUGAUACCCGCAGACGAGAAGGCUGGUCUUGGACGAUCCCUUUACACGAUGGAACGACCUCAAUCGGUGUUGUCAUGCAUCAAAGUGCCUCCAAUGUGAAGAAAGCAAAGCUCAAUGCUGAGGGCAAGCGCCCCACUUUGACCGAACAUUACCUGGAGCAGCUCGAGUUCCUCCCAGGUAUAAGGGAGCUGAUCGGAGACCAAGGAGCGAUGAUUCCGGAUAGCACCAAAAGUGCCGCGGACUACAGUUAUUUUGCGUCUCGUUAUUCCGGGGAUCAUUUCCGCGUUAUCGGAGAUGCUGCCAACUUUGUAGACCCGUUCUUCUCCUCCGGUGUACACAUUGCGAUGACUGGAGCGCUCUCUGCUGCGUUGACUAUUUGCGCAUCAAUGAAAGGUCAAGUUAGCGAAGAGACUGCACAGGAGUGGCAUGAUGCAAAGGUCGGCACGGCACAUACCAGGUUUCUUUUCGUUGUUCUUGGAGCCUACCAACAGAUGCACCUGCAGUCGGUGCCUUUGCUCAGCGAUUUUAAUGCUGAUAAUUUUGACACAGCCUUCGAGAUGUUCCGACCAGUUAUCUUUGGAUUGUCGGACAGCUCGACGAAGUUAACGGACCACAAGGUGCAGGAAAUGAUGGAUGUCCUACAGAGCUUCUUCGACCCCCACAUUGACGAAGAGAAUGUGAAAGCCGUCCGUCAGCGAUAUGGUCCAGAGCUACUCAGCAUGAAUGCUCCAGUUCUCGGGCGGCACAAGAUAGAACAGAUAGCCGAAAAGGACGAGGAGGGAGAGCGCGUCAUGAAGAAGUUCGACGCGCUGAAGGUAUUCAGCGACGAUGUAGAGGCGACUUACAUGGGCCGCCACGCGUUGCUUGGCUACGUGGCAAACAUGGUCAAGGGUCAACUCGGAUUGAAGAAGGCUCCCAAGCCAGUUAUCGAUGCUACGGACGAGCACAUCGUAACCAAUACUUCAGAUGGACGUAGUGCUGCUGAAGAGGCUAAGGAGGUCACCGCUGCCGUUUAACGCGAUACCAUUCUGAUGAGUCGAGUUGCUCCCGUAGAGAAGUUUCCCAGGGGUAUACAUUGUGUAACCG